GUAAUAAAAUGACAGAUGUCAAUUUAAUAUUUUUAUUUUAAUAAUUUUAAAAACUUUCUCCUUAAAUAAUUCAAACAAUGAAGAAAAAUCUUCUUUAAUAAAUAAUGUCUAGUAGUGACUCGGAUUUGUAUCGUUACACAGCCUCCAAUGAGAGAGUUGAUGAAUUAAUACGAAAAAAUCGCCAGAUUAGGCUUAAAAGUAAGUUGGACAACGAGCGGAAAAGGGAGAGAUACUUUAAGGAAUAUUAUGAGUUAGAAAAAGGUGUUGAGGAGUCAAUUUUUAAUUAUCCGGGGUUGUACUUUCUGGAGUUUAAUCACAAAAAAAUCAAAUUUCGAUUUACCCCAUCGCAAGUCGUCGAAAACAUCGGAAAAAACGACAAAUUUUAUUGCUCGUUGUGGUAUAAAUACAACAAGUGGUCGAUUAAACGUAACUCAUUUCCGAGUGAUUGUAAAGCAACAAUUUCAAAUCUAUUUGUCGCAAUAAACGAUUCGAAAGUGUUAAACAUCAUUAAUUCGAUUUAUGAGGUAUUGUUGAAGUGGAGCAAUGAUUAUAAACGAUUGUUGCAAGAACGAUUUGAGAGGUAUUUAGACGGGGAUGAGGAUAUCGUAUUAGACUCAAUGGAGGAAGAAUUAUUUUUGGAUAAAAAGGAAAUUGAGGAGAUUCAUCGAAAAAGAAAUGUCAUUUUGGAACGAAUGAAAACUCUAAGAAAUUAA